AUGCACCAGCAAGUAGGUGGCAACACGUAUCCGGCGCCCGGCCCGGUAAUUUCAAUACCGACCAAAGCUGUUUUUCUUCGGCACCGCCAAAAGUGCUGGAAGGAUGGGUCAAGAGCCGACCGAUUGGGGAGCUACGAUCAUGAAACUUCCGGUGGCCAUUACAGAGCUCCUCUAUCGUUAUAUCGCUCAAUCUUGCAGUUUUUGCGAGUUGAGAAGCCUCCGGCUCGUUUGCGCGUCGUGUCUGGGUCGCACAAAGGCAACAAUGAGCAGCGAUGGAGCGUGUCUCGUGACCGGUUGGGCCCCAAUAUGCCAAGUCACGUUGGAGCGUUUGACAUCCGUCCGAAAUUGCCACGUGACACGAAACUUUCUGUCGUUCCGUGUGACUUGUGUUCUCCUUUUUUGUGCUUCGCUUGGUGGCGCCGGCGGUGCCGGUGGCGGUGUUGGCCCAAAAAAUGUAAGGAUUGUGAGGUAACCUCAGCGUUUUCCCGGUGUGCAGGGCACCUCAACCGGGCUCGUUCUCAUCCGCCGGUCUCGCUCUUUCCAUCUAUCCCAUUUUCGUAG